GUUUCGAUUCUUGCGUUGCGUGCUACAUUCGAAAAGAUUUACUAGUAACAUAAGCAACACACUGAAAUAGGGACGACCUAUGAUUUUAAGUAACUGAUUGAUUAAUUGCUUAGAUCCAUAACUUCAACGGCAGUCCCUGCCGAGUGUUCGAGUUGCCCAUUAGUUUUGGUUGUAUUAUAUUAUUGUUUUAUUUUAUUACUUGCUUUCAUUAUUAAGAGUUCAUUUUAUGUAUCAACUGAGUAUGUAUUUUAUCCACGGGACUUUAUUAUGGCUUUACUUACGGCGCUAUCAGUAUUCCUCCACUACACUUAGUACUUCCAGAAUAGAAGCAAUUCGGAUUUCGCACUUCAUUUUGAAGGUAGAGUGCAUCACCUCCAAGGCCAUGAUAACGUUCUUGAAACCAUAUGUCCCAUUCAAUCCACCGUACAUACACUUCCAAUGCUUUUAGAAGCGCUUUUGUAUCAUUAGGUAAUUGAAUUAAGUCAGUGUCUGAUAUGUAUGAAGCUGAUGGAUUACAUUUUAUGGAAUGUCCUUCUUUAUUCACGUUCGUAUGACAAUAAGCCAGUAGUAUUCUCUCCAACACCGAAUAUCAUGUUCCAUACGUCAAUAACAAGUCAAUGAUAUCAGCCUUUUUAGUGAUCUUCGACAUGACGGUCGUUUUCAUUCAUGGCUUCAAACACUUCGAACAUCCAUUAAAGGUUCAUUAAUUUUUUAUCCAAUGAUCCAUCCUUAAGUGGCAUCACUUGGGAAAUAAGACUCCCUGGUAUUUUCACUAGGGUCACUAAAAGUUUAUGGAAGCGACUUAUUAAGGUGCUUUUCUGUCUGGUAAAAUAGCAUUAGCAACUCUUAGUUUAUCCAUAUUCCGAUGUUUUUACAAAAUCAAAACCAAAAAUUAGUAUAUCAGGGCAUUAAAACGGAAAUGGUAACCUAAUUCACUAUUACUGUAAGUCACUGUGCUUACCCUCUUCUGUAUAUUUGUAGUUGGUUCCCCAGAAAAGUAUGCUCUGUUCUUACAAGAGGUCUCACGGUUAAAGACAUUGUUUUUCACUGCUACUUCUAAAUAAUCGUUCAUCUGACUUCAAAAUCUAGUUCCUUUAUUUUGUUAUUUCUCCUGGACUAGAAUUUUUUUGACUAAUCGAUCGGGUUAACGACAGACAGAUUUUCGAGUGAAAUCCAUCCAUCUAUUUGGCUAAGUAACAUCUUUUCAUAAUAGGUGAUAUCAUUUGGGGAUAAGAACUCUAACCCUAAUUUCUAACUCCUUAUCCCGAUUCCUCACACUAGUUUGUAACCAUAUUUUAGCACGUACUUGGUUGAAGCUUCUCAAGACCACUUCUGUAUACCUCUAAGGUCGUCUUUAUAUUGCAGCCAUCAUUUCAUUCGAAAGUACGGAAUGAGCGGAAGGCGACUGAUAGUAUCUUAGCAGAAUAAGAAGUAUUAAUGAGUCAAACUCCACAUCUGUAGUUUGGAUAGUCCAGAACCCAGUGACCCAUGCCUCUGGGUUUUGGAUUCUCUGCUAGCCUUUAUCUUUAACCCUCACGGAAAAAUCCAGACACUCUGUACACCGCGGAUACACUGUAGCUACAUACCCUGAAUCAUUAGUUGCAUAAUAAAUUAUUUCUUCUCGUGGAAGUAAGUUUUCCCUUCAUCAUGAGCAAACGUAGUUACUCUCUCGAGCUCAUCGGGAGUUCCUUACUGGUUUACAAUUCCGAUUUUAAAAUGUAAUCAAAUCCACGUUUUUAAGUCUGUUGUUAACUUGGAAUCUCGACGCGAUUGAUAUGUAUCGGAAGAGUAAUUUUUCCCCCAACAUUGUUUUAUCUGCCAGGUUAUUUUCAUCUGGAUGCCAAUAUUCUGUCAUUUCAAGGGUUUCUUACGCUAAUAAAUGUCAUCGACAUCUCAAGGACAAAAUCUCGGUUUAGCUGCCAAACUGGUUGGGCCGAGCGUAUAUUCAGGUGGAGAUUUCGUCAACUGUGAAAUAACUUUUCCCGGGAAUUCGGAUAUAGUUAAAGAGGAAUAUAAAUGGUUACUUACUGGUAUUGUUGGCUGUAUCAUUGGUCAAUGUAAGUUGGACAAUAGGCAACUAACUACACAGAACCAGGCGUCCCCAAAAUCACUGUCAUUUAGUACUUCUGAGUGGAAAUAUAAUUGUGAACUAAACUUCGAUGCUGAAUCAUUAUUCAUUUCUACAUUGGAGUCGAAAAGUCAGUUAAUAUGUAUCAUCCCAAUGCAUGUGAAAUUUAUCCCAGAUAAUAGCUUCAAAGGACCUGCCAAUUUGUGUGCUUAUCUACCGUAUAAUCUUUCACCUAGUAUUCGUGGCACGUUAUUUAAGUUCGCGUACAAGGUGGUUGUGGCAGUUCAAGUAAAAUAUCUGAACUCAGAUAUCAAGACACAUACUAUUCAGUUGCCUCUUCGUGUUUUACCUUCUUCAAUAAUGUAUCACAGUUUAAGACUUCAAGAAUGUGAUGACAAGAAAGAAACAUACUCUCCCGACUUGUCAAAUCCGUUUUGGGUUCCAGAUACCAGAGAUAAAGACUCUUGUUUUAAUUUUGGCUUUGAUGGAGGCUUUUCCUUGCAAUCACAACAAGUCAACAGUUUUUUGUUUGAAGAUACGGAAACACAUACUAAUAAAUCGGUUGGUCAAAUAUAUUCCUCUUUGUCUCAUAAUGUUUCCCAGUGUGGAAACUCGAAUUGCUCAGAUCAUUCUCCAGAAAAAUCAAACGAAGUUUAUAUCUAUCCCAGUUCACAUAUGGAAUUAAUGAAUCUGUUAGCAUGUUCACCACCCGGUGGGUGUAUUCGCUGUGAACCAUAUUAAUUGUGGUUGUUUAUCAUGAUCUUUAUGGCUGGUCACAUUUUUGCUAUAGGAUUUCGUCCUGGAUAUUUCACACUAAAUAAUAAAUAUUUGAAUACAAAGUUUGUGUCACUGCUGUUUGCUUGAUAUUUUAUACUCCAUCACUUAUUUACUCAGUUCUACGUCAUCAGUUAAGAGCAGAUUUUUAUCACAUAUCAGAAAAACUUUAUUUAUUCGGAGGAUAUUCCUAGUUAUCGAUACCUUGGAUUCACUGUCAAAAGUCAAUAUAGAAAUACCGAAGUUAUUGUACACUUGCAAAAUAAUCGUUGUUCACUUUUGUUGGGCUUUAAUGGACUUCAUUUGAUAUACGUUUCAUAACUAUGAUUAACGUUUUAUGGGUUAAACAACAAUCUUAACUGACUCAACUAAAUUUCUGCUCUACUAAAUAUGACGUGGAACUAUCAACAACAUGAACGGUUGUUGCUGUUAAACAUAAGUCUUUAACACUGCAACACAGACACAUUCAGCUAAUACGUUCCAAACAUGUUGCGGUCGAUCACUUUAGUCUUAAAUAUCAACAGUGAUGAAACAAAAAUCUUCAUAUUAGUCAACAGUGUAAAUUAUUAACCACUUGCUUUCAAGAUUAUUUUCCUCGUGUUUGCAUACUUCAAAUAUACUAUUUUGUAAUUUGUUUUUAGCUAACUUCGUGAUUUCUACUCCACGUGGUUAUGUUGGACGGUUAUCUUUCCAACGUACGUUAUACUGCUUAGGUGAUAUGGUACGGGGUUAUUUUGACUUUAAUGAAGCUGUUGUUAAAUGUCUUAGUUGUGUAAUACGACUUGAAAGUGAGGAAAGAUUUAUGCUUCACCAUGAAAAUCCUUUCCUCCUGCCAAACUGUGGAAUUAAAAGUAGAAGGAAUGAGGUUCAGAAUUGUUCUAUGGGAUGUCUACCUUUAACCAAAAUUGGUCAACCUUUAUGUACAAAUUUUCAACCUUUAGGCUCUACACAACAUACUACAUGGACAGAUAUAAAAUUAUAUUGUACAUCUAAACUGUUACUACCUUUUACGUUGCCUAUUCCAACAAAUAUAACGCCACAAUUUCAUUCUGUUAGUUUAACUAGUCCAUUUAUUUCCUUAGAUUAUCGAUGGCGUUUACACUUAGAGCUUGAUUUAAUAUCUGAUAGUAGUAAAAAUGAUUUGUUAGACCAUUUUCAAGGUAAAUCAUGUGUAAAAAGAGCCUACGGUACGGUAUGGACAAUUCCACUUAAGUUAAAAACUGAAAAAUUUGUGUGGGAUAUACCAAUCCAGUUAGUACAUUCAAAUCCUUCUGUGAUAGAUAAUUUAAGUGAUUCACUGAAAUAUCCCGUUUGUAUAUCAGAUAUUUGACAUUUUUUCUUUAUAUAUAUAUUUAUAUUUUGACUUUUAUAGGUUUAUUUUUUAAAACUUUUACUUAUAUUAAAAAUGUAAUAUUUUGCGAAUAUGUAUAUGCUAUUUGUAUAGUAUCUCAAAUACUUCUAUAUCCUACCUAGUAUAAAUUGUUCUUAUGGGUGCAUAGCUGUAAUUUAUUUUGUUUAUAUAAAGUGAUAAAUUUGUCCAUCAAUACUAAUAAUUAUUUUUUUUUAAAUACACAAAUAUAUCUUUCUUUACUCUUAUACGGUGUUUGCUGUACUUUAUGAUACUUCCCAAUUUGAAGAAUUAAAGUGGGAAUGAUGGUAGUAGGGUAAUUAUUUCUUGCUUAUUACAUAUUAUGCCGUUAAAUAGCGUCAUCUAAAUGUAUUAACUAAACAUUUAGAGUUUCUGUUAAUAAUUCGAAGUGGCUAAGUUUAAUCCAUCGGUAAAUAGUAGCAAAAAAUUGUAUAGGUUCACUGUAUAUUCUCACAUUUCAAAC